AUUAAACAAAGUAUCAUCAAAGAGCGAGAGAGAGAGAGAGAGAGAGAGAGAGAGAGAGAGAGAGAGAGAGAGAGAUGGAAACGAAGAGUGCUUCACAAUUGGGAGUCGUGUUGUUUAUUCUAGUGGUUCUUUGGGUCCCAACCCAUACGGAGUGUGCUCUUCCCUCUCAACAAGAAUCACUCUCGAUGAUCGGAUCAAGGAGGUUGAUGAGUAUCUAUAAGACCAAUAGUAACAUAGAUUUGGGGGGAUCAAUCAGUGGACAAGCCGGUGGUGGUAUAAACAAGCCCUAGUUUCCAUUUCUCCAUCAUCUUAAUGAUAGCUAUCGAAUCUACUUGGCUUCAACUACACAUGUAUUAAUUAUCAUAAUGAGAUAUAUGAAUAAAAUGUUUAUUUCCGCAAUUACAAGUCAUGCUUGUUGGCCAAGACGUCUUUUGUCUAAUGCAUAAUACCCUUGUGCAAAGCAUUUGGGAAAGUCGUGGAUUCAA